AUGGGUGAUGCUCCAAAGGGUUUGCUCUCUGUGAUGCAGAAGCUGAAGGGAACCACAGAGCUGGUGCUCAGGAUAGUUCUGGUGGAUCUGGACAACGCUGGGAAAAACCACACUGCUCAAGUGAACACCAUCACACCAACACAAAACUUUAACAUCAAAAGCAUGGCCUCUCAUGGAAUGAAACUGAACGUGUGGGACAUCGGCAGACAAAGAAAGAUCCGUCCUUUUUUCAGAUGCUUGUUGGUUCAUCUGCAGGUUUAUGUCAUAGACAGCACCGACAAGAAGCGGUUUGAGGAAACAGGUUUGGAGCUGCCAGAGCUGAUAGACGAGGAAAAUCUCGCAGGCGGACCCAUCCUCAUCUUUGUGAAUAAACAGGAUCUGGAUACGGCGUCUCAGGCCAGCGAGAUCGCCGAGGGUUUGAACCUGCACACAUACAGAGACCGAGUCUGGCAGAUCCAGGCCUGUCCGGCGGUCACAGGAGAGGGUGUGCAGGAUGGUAUAAAUUGGAUCUGUAACGACCUCGUCAACAGGACGAAAUAA